CCUCCUUCAGAGAAACAGAAACCAACUCCGUCAGUCUGAGAGGGAGGGAGAAAAUGGCUCACAACCGCGAGUUGCUCGACUGCUCCAUCUGUUUACAGUUGCUGGAGGAUCCUGUCACGACCGCCUGUGGACACAGUUACUGUGUAACGUGCAUCAAUACCUUCUGGGACAGAGAGAGUAACAGAGGAAGAACUUCCAGCUGUCCCCAGUGCAGGGAGACGUUCAGCCCGAGGCCUGUUCUGAGGAGGAACACGCUGCUGGCCGAGCUGCUGGAGGAGCACAGGAGGGGAAGCGCUCCCGUGGGGCCUGGCGGUGCGCGGUGCGACGCGUGCACGGGGAGAAAACGGAAAGCUUGCAGGUCCUGCCCCGUGUGCUCGGCCACUCACUGCCAGACCCACCCGCGACCUGACUUUGAGGUGGCGGCGCCGAAGAAGCACAGCCUGAUCCCGGCCUCGGACAGGGUCCGAGAGAGCGUCUGCGUGCGUCACGACAAACCUCUGGAGAUUCACUGCCGUACCGAUCGGCAGUUCGUAUGCCCGAUGUGUGUGGUGGAUGAGCACAGGGGCCACGACACGGUGGCAGUCGCAGCAGAGACGCGUGAGAUGCAGAGAAAACUGGAGAGGACGAGGCGGGAAAUUGCGGACAGAGUGCUGAAUUCACGGAGGAAAAUGGCAGAGCUGAUGGAUGCUGCCGACUCUGUGAGAGACGCUGCAUGGGAGGCGUGCGACGACUACGAGCGGCUGUGCGCGGAACACAUCUGUUUAUACGUCCGCUCUCUGGAGAGGAAGUGCUCUGAGAUGAGAGAGAAAGUAGGAGAAGCAGAGAAGGCUGGGGUGGACUGGACCAGCGGCCACCUCGGGCAACUGCAGCGCCAGGUGUCUGAACUGAAGAGGAGAGAGGAUAAGCUGGGCCGGCUUUCACUGACCGAGGACCCCGUUCAGUUUCUUGAGGGUUUCCAGGCCCUGGGUGACCUGCCUGCAUUCCCGCACUCACAUGAAAGACUUGACACGCUGACAGAGUUUGUCACUGCGCAGAGAGAUAAACUGAAAAACAUGUGCAACAAAGAGAAGGAGGAAUUAUUCAUUCGUUCUGAAGGAAAUGUGUUGUUAAAAAUGCCAACGUUGCGAGAGGAAAUAAAAUCGAGGACACACCUUUUGACCAAUUACAAGAACUCCGAAGUGGAGGUGGAUCCCUGCACAGUAGCAGCGUGUCUUUGCCUGUCUAAUAGUAACAGAGAGAUAUCAUGGAGUGAUAGGGACCAGGCUCAUCCUGAUCACCGCGACAGAUUCACCUACUAUCACCAGGCUCUGUGCAAAAUGGGCCUCAAGGGCAGCCACUAUUGGGAGGUGGAGUGGGAUGGUGGCAUUGUCGAGGUGGCUGCGUCGUACAAAGGGAUCAAAAGAAAGGGUUCAGGGAAAGAUUGUAGUUUUGGCCACAAUCACCUGUCCUGGAAAUUAACCUGCUCUCGUUCUGGCUGCACGUUUUGGCACAAUAAUCUUCACAGAGGCCGAAUUGCUCCGGCUCGCUUUCGCAGAGUAGGUGUGCACCUCGAUUACGAGGCAGGAACGCUGGGCUUCUACAGUGUUUCUGACUCUGAUAGCUUGACACUGCUGCACCAAACCCAGACCAACUUCACUGAACCCGUCUAUCCCGGGUUUUCCGUUGAUUUAGGUGCAACACUGAAGAUAUGCCGCAUCUAAGCCCGAGCACAUGGAUAAAUGUUGACCUCAGGACUGGCUGCACAUUUCCAUUUUCUGCAUUAUAGGAUUGAGGGAUAGAAAGAAAGUUUUGCACGUGUCUGUACGUGAGUGAGUGAUCGAGAGACAUUUAUGUGCACAUAGAUGGACACAGUCAUGAACAAGCAGCAUAUACGGGUCGUUUGGUAGUGAUUGAAUCAAGAUUAAGAAUGGCAAACACAUUUGUUAUAUUCUGGCCUUUUUUUCAAAAUGUUGCUUGAAAACUGCAUCAAAAGAACUUGUUCAAUUGUUUUCCUUUUUUUAUUCUUUUUUUUUUUUUAAACUGGAUUAUUAAUUAACACAUUUAAGGCCUGGUCAGUGGCAAUGAUAAAAUACCCCAGAAGGCCCAAAUCCAAUAUUACAAUUUGACCCAUUUACACAUGCUGAGUCUGAUUUUUGUUUUGAAGAGAUCUGGGAACAUGUAGGUUUUGCCACUCUGCCUUUAUAUGUCAUGGUUUCACUU